AAAAUCGAUUGUCCCCACACUUCCAUCGCCAUCUCCAUCUGCAACCUCCUCACUAGCAAAAAUAAUGUCAUCCGGACUCCUUUCCAUCGUCCCUGCUGGUGUUGUCACUGGUGACAACGUCAGAAAGGUGUUCAACUAUGCACGCGAGCACAACUUUGCCAUUCCUGCUGUCAACUGCACAUCCACAUCUACAGUUAAUGCCGCUCUUGAGGCCGCUCGUGAUGCCAAGUCCCCUGUCAUUAUUCAGUUCUCCAACGGUGGUGGCGCCUUCUUUGGCGGAAAGGGUCUUGACAACAAGAAACAGGAAGCGUCGGUAAUCGGUUCAGUUGCUGGUGCCCACUACGUCCGUGCCGUCGCAAAGGCGUAUGGUAUCCCUGUGCUGGUCCACAGUGACCACUGUGCCAAGAAGCUCCUUCCAUGGUUCGAUGGCAUGCUCGAAGCCGAUGAAGCUUACUUCAAGCAGCACGGCGAGCCUCUUUUCUCCUCUCACAUGCUUGACCUCAGUGAAGAGUCCAAGGCCGAGAACAUUGAAAUCUGCAAAAAGUAUUUGAAGCGUAUGGCAGCUAUUGGAUGCCUCCUAGAGAUGGAGAUUGGUAUUACUGGUGGUGAGGAGGACGGUGUAAACAACGAGGGUGUCGACAACGCCUCCUUGUACACGCAGCCCGAGGACAUCUGGGACAUCUACCGUGAAUUCAGUGAGAUCACAGAUCUGUUCACCAUUGCUGCUGCCUUUGGUAACGUACACGGAGUAUACAAGCCCGGAAACGUUAAGUUGCACCCCGAGCUGUUGGGCAAACACCAGGCCUUCGUGAAGGAGAAGCUUGGUGCGAAGAACGACAAACCUGUCUUCUUCGUCUUCCACGGUGGAUCAGGCUCCACUGCCCAAGAAAUCAAGACCGCCGUCGGCAACGGUGUUGUAAAGAUGAACAUUGAUACCGACACCCAAUGGGCGUACUGGGAUGGCUUGCGCAAGUUCUACGAGUCUAAGAAGGCAUACCUUCAGACUCAAAUCGGAAACCCCGAAGGUGACGACAAGCCUAACAAGAAGUAUUACGAUCCCCGCGUCUUCAUUCGGGAGGCGGAAAAGACCAUGAUUGCACGUGUUAAGCAAGCGUUCGACGAGCUGGGCUCCACCGGAAAACUUUAAAAAGGCUAUAUAUCUCACAGCACACAGUUUGGUCUGGGACAAUCGCGUAACCAUACCGCAUAAAAUUGGGGAGAGAGAACGGCAUACAUGUAUUAAGUAGCUAGCUACAAAAAAAUACUUACGAUUCAAAUUCUGUACUAUCUGUGCCAGAAUGACAGCCAAAAUUUCUUGGUUACUCUGA